GAGGCAAUGAAUACCCCACGCACACGUACCGGCCCGGAGAUUGAUAACAGUCACUGACUGACUGCUGUGGCCAGAGAGGCACCGAAGCGUUUUAUUCUUUAUUUAUUGUGUGUGGAGUGUUUAUUUAUUUCUGUGAAAGAUGAACGGAGUGACGAGAAGUCUGUGCACCUUUGAGGACAUCAGAAGUCAAGAAUAUGGGGAGGGGUGCAGGCGACUGCGGCUCACACUUCACGACCAGAACCAGGUGGCUCGGAGCAUAGAGCAGCACAGGGACAAGCCUAUCGGACGAGCUUUUGCGCUGGUGCAGCCAGCCAAUGAGAGAACAGCUUUUACCAGCGAACCGGUCAAAUCCACAGAGGAGCAGGUAGAAGUCAUCAAGGUGUAUCUAGAGGCCCGCAAACAAGAGCAGCAGAAACACCAAGAGAGCCUGAAGAUGCUGUCAGAUGAAGUUUCACAGAUACAGGAGGUGAGGUAUUGCCUGAAGACUUUGAGGGAGCAGAUGGCGGCCAAAAACAAGCCGCACACAAAUGGGUGGAAAGUUGGAAUCCCCUUCAAAAAGAGCACCUCAUCUGCUAAAGGAGGAGCUAAAGAUGACGGGCAGGAUGUGGAUGACGAAGUAGAGAGAGCCAAGCUGAGAGAAGUCAGCAAGCGCUUAUAUGCACAGCUGCAGGAAGCAGAAAAGAAACACCUGGAGGAGAAAGACAGACUGCAGGCUGAAGGCAGCAGGCUUAGAGAGCGUCUGAGUGACCAGGAGGACAAGUUGAGGAUUACAGAAGAGGCCAGCGAGAAGAAAGACAAGCGCAUCGAAGAGCUCCAGAGGCUGCUGGGAGGAAUGGAGCAGGAGAGCGCCACACUGCGGGAUGCCAUCCGCAACCGUGAGGAUGAACUACGGGAACUCCGGAAGAUCAGAGAGGAGGGCCACAAAGGGGAGGAGAGAGCUGAGCAGUUGGAGAAGGAGGUGGCUAUACUCAAAGAAAAGAUCCACCAUCUGGAUGACAUGCUGAAAAGUCAACAGAGAAAAGUCAGACACAUGAUCGAGCAGCUCCAGAACUCUCGCAUGGUGAUCCAGGAGCGAGACCGCGUGAUCAAGGAGCUGGAGGAGAAGGUGGCAUUUUUGGAGGCUGAGAACCGAGAAAUGCAUGACCAAGUGGACUAUUUUCUGGGAGGACAAAGGUCAAAUUCCUACCUUUCAUCAGAACGCAACGCCCAGAUUGUCUACAGCAAACCAAUCAGGCCGUCCACUUCAACAAACAAACCACUUCCUUUCAUCAAAGUCAUCGAGAUCAAGUCGUGAACCAGCUGCCCAGAAGAAUAAAAAUCAGUUACUGUUGAGAAGGGCUCAGAACCACCAAUCAUCUGUUCGAUGCUGACUGACAGCUCCACCAACGACCACGAAAGAAUGAUUGUUUCCGAUGUCUGUGCUGAACAUCGGGGACUGCAACAAUUUCAACUACCAAACCAAACAGUCUUGAAGGAAAGGGGGGGGGUUCAGCACACGUACGCAUUCACACACCGGGGCUUGUGUGUCUGCGCAUAUGCAUAAUGAAUGGAUACGUGUAUGGUCAGCUUUAAUGUAGAUGCAUUAGAGACAGUGAUGUGCAUUUUAAGUUUACAUGUAAUACUGCAAACUGUGUGCAAGUGUUUUUCCUUGACCUGCUACGUUUUGACCUUUUGAGUUUACAGUGUUUGUUUGAUCAAAACAAAACUGUAAGUGCAGGAAGGCGGGAGGCCAUAAUUCCUAAUGACAUGAUAAAGUUCACAUGCAGCAGCGCAGCAUCAAUAAACCGUAGCUAACACCAGCUUCACGACACAUGAUGUGAAGAAUCAUUAACUCGAUCUAAAUUCAGUCUUUGUGCUCAUUACUGACUCCCCCGUGACUGUUCGCUUGCUAUGUGAACGAUGUGAUGCUUUAACAUGUAAAUACUAACUGUAGCCUAUAAAAGGGCGACACCCUGUGAUUAUUUUAUAGGCUAUUUAUUUUUCUUUGAUCUGUUUUUUUUUUUUAAGUAAAUAUAUGGUUGUCAAGACUCCAAUGAAAGUAUGGCACUUUAUGAAACUGUGAGGAUGUUUGGCAGCGCUGCUGCUUCAGAGGCGUCCUUAUUCUCCAUAUUUCUUGUAAAGCAUUUCAGUUCCCUGUCGGUCACCUUGUUGUUGUACAUGUCGAUGUGAUUUGAUGUUUUAAUUUCUAGCUAACAGCUUUUUCCUUUGUAUUUAUUAAUAUUAAAUAAAACCUUAGACAGUUUGAUAUGAAAGCUUUUGUAUGAAGUACAUCUUAAUCUGUUAUCUGUGUUUAUGGUUUUGAAUAAAUCCCUGAAA